AUGCCCACCACAAAUACCAACGUCACCAUGAAGACUACCAAUCCUCAGACUGACUUUUCAGUUUCGGGCACUUCUUGCAACUUUCCCCAAUUCAAGACGGCAUGCUACGAGGAACAGCCGGCUACCGUUGACGUUGACUUGAAGAAUUCUACAUGUCUUGAGAAGUUGUUAUUGAAAGACCCGACGGCUUUUCCUAUUGCAUUGAAAGUUGCUUGGGCACUGGUUCUUGGGUGUUACACGGGCCAAGAUGAAAUUAGCUUUGGCUAUCAAGAAACGACGAAUUUCGAACUGGUCUCCGCUUCGGCAUUGACUAAGAUCGUCCUAAAUAAAGAAACAUCUAUUGCUCACAUGACCGAGGAAAUACGAUCCAGUCAUCAAUAUCGGUCUUCUGCAGCGAAAGUAGAAUUCAACACCCUUCUAAGCCUUAGAAACAAAUCUGAAAAUGUCGAUGGAAAAGCCGGUACGAGCGUCAUGGCAGGGAACUCUGAAGUUGGUCCAGAUAAGUUCUCAGUUCAUCUGGAUGCGUGUAUGUUAGGCUCGAAGCCUGCAAUGUCGCUUCACUGGUGGGGUCCGCAAAUGUCAUUUGACCAAGCGUCGAAUGUAGCAAGCACGUUUGAGACCGUGCUCGAGCAAGUUAUCAGAAACCCGCAAGUUCGGAUUGCUGAGAUUGAUUACCUCAGCGAGCGCAACACUAAGCAGUUGCUCGAUUGGAAUAGCGAUGCUCUUGUUGAAGAUGCGAGGUGUAUACAUGACAUUAUUCGCGAACACUCCUUGCAAUAUCCGGAUACAGAGGCCAUCUGUUGUGGUGACAGAACCAUGUCGUACAGAGAGCUCAACCGGUCAUCGGAUUACCUUGCAUCCUACCUCAUAUCUCAAGGUGUUAAGUCUGGCGUUUUUGUACCGCUUUGCUUUGAUAAGUCUCUGUGGAAUGUGGUUUCUAUGCUUGGAGUUAUGAAAACUGGUGCUGCAUUCGUCCCCUUGGAUCCAGCUGCUCCAGUUUCUCGAAUACGCAGCCUCGUCUCACGCGUCGAUGCCCGCUUGGUUCUCUGUAGCCCUGAGCAUAUCACAACGCUCGGUAAGAUAGCUGACCUGGUUGUUGCCGUUGGCGCAGAAAUGUUCAAUGAUCUACCAAGUUCGACCAGUUAUGAGCUUCCAUCCGUACACAGCAAGGAUCUUGCCUACCUUAUUUGGACUUCCGGAACCACAGGUGAACCUAAAGGGACGAUGAUUGAGCAUGGCGCGUACUGCUCUGGUGCGAAAGCCCAUGGCCCAGCGAUGUUGAUGAGUGCCCAGUCACGUGUACUUCAAUUUGCCGCUCAUGUAUUCGAUGCGAGUCUUGUAGAGAUACUCACGACUCUCAUGCUUGGCGGUGUUGUCUGUAUUCCUACAGAAUAUCAGAGACUGAACGACAUCACUUCGUGUAUUCGUCAGAUGCGAGUGAAUUGGGCGGUUCUUACCCCAUCUUUCAUCGGCUUUAUUGAACCUGAGGACGUGCCAGGAUUGGAAACCCUUGUUCUAGCUGGCGAGGCCAUGUCAAAAACGCAUGUUAGCAAAUGGUCGCACAUGAAGCUGGUGAACGGAUAUGGGCCGAGUGAGUGCUCAGUAGCUUCGGUCGUCAAUUCGAAGGUUACGCGUAAAACACCGCCAACGAACAUCGGACGAGCAACUGGCGUCCACUUGUGGGUGGCUGACCCCGAAAACCACGAAAAGCUGGUCCCAGUCGGUUGUGUAGGAGAGUUGUUGAUCCAAGGACCAACUCUAGCUCGAGCAUACUUCAAAGAUUCCGCCAAGACGUCCUCCUCCUUCAUUUCACAGCCUCCCUGGACUUCUCACAGCCUGAUCAAUGCGCCAAAAUGGAAAGUUUACAAAUCUGGAGACUUGGUUCGCAUGUGUUCAGAUGGUAGCGUCGAGUUUGUUGGGAGAAAAGAUACUCAAGUUAAAGUUCACGGCCAACGAGUGGAACUUGGUGAGAUUGAACAUCAUCUAUCUACCGAUCCUGAGGUCGAGCAUGGGCUGGUGUUGCUACCCAAACAUGGGCCCUUUCGAGAUCGACUUAUCUCAGUGCUUUCUCUGAACCUCAACCUCACCGAGUGUGAUACGAUGGACGAUAUGAAGCUUGUGGAUGAUGUAUCUCACGUCAGAGAGGAGUUGCAUGGGCGCCUAUCCACUCGACUACCUCCUUACAUGGUCCCAACUAUGUUCCUUAUUGUAAGCAAGAUUCCUCUUUUACCUUCGGGAAAAUUGGAUCGCAAACAGGUUUCGAUGUGGGUUGAGGACAUUUCCGACGAUGUAUACCGCACCAUUGUAGAUGAUGCAACAACGAAGAAACCACAUGUCGGUGACAAUGUGACCCCGCGAUCAGAAACAGAGAACCAAUUGCGAGAAGUUUGGAGCCACGUACUUAACCUCAAUUUGGACCAGAUAGACUCCGAAAGGUCUUUCUUGAGUCUGGGAGGAGACUCCAUCUCGGCGAUGCUAGUCAAGAGCAGGUGCGCCAAAAGCGGUAUUGGCCUUGCUGUGCAAGAUAUACUUCGCAAGCCAAUCGUUGAGUUGGCACAAUGUACCACCACUCUUGUUCGUCAAACGGCGUAUGCGGAGAAAGUUGAAACAAACUUUAAUCUUUCCCCGAUUCAAAAGUUAUAUUUCCAACUUCCAAACCAAGGCCAUGGCCAUUUCAAUCAAAGUUUCUUCUUACGAGUUUGCCGACCAAUUCAUAAAAAGGAGUUGAGAAAAGCAAUUGAGGUCAUUGUCCAACGACACUCAAUGUUGCGCUCACGGUUCAGUGCCAAAGAUGAUAGGGCCAGCUGGGAACAACGCAUUACCAAUGAUCUCACCAAUUCCUAUCGAUUCAGAACAUUCAACAUUGAAGAUUCAAAACAGGCGUCCCCUGCUAUAGCUGACAGUCAACGCGCUCUAGACGCGAUUACAGGUCCUGUGUUUGCCGCCGACCUUUUUGACGUUGCUGGUGAAGGUCAACUUCUCUUUUUGGUUGGCCACCACCUAGUGAUUGAUCUUGUUUCCUGGCGUGUGAUUCUGGAGGAUCUGGAAGAAUUGUUGAUUAACCCUGAUUCAAUCGCUGCUGAUUUACCAUUUUCAUUUCAGCGGUGGUGUCAGCUGCAGAUCGAGGACUCGCAUACUAGUGCAAUUGACACGGUGUUACCCGUGUAUGAUUUCCCAGUCCCCGAUCACUCCUACUGGGGACUGGACUUGUUAUCUAAUACAUAUGGCAACACUGAAUUUGCGAGCUUUGAGCUCGAUGAGACAGUAAGCUCGACCAUUAUGACGGGCUGCCACGACGCGCUUCGUACGGAGCCAAUCGAUCUUCUUAUAUCUGCCCUAAUCAGCUCUUUCACUCAAAUCUUUCAAGACCGUCCAUCACCUGCAAUAUACAACGAAGGACACGGACGCGAGUCAUCGAGCAUGUGUCCGGCUGUAGAUCUAUCUCGAACUGUGGGCUGGUUCACGACUAUGUAUCCAGUCUAUGUUUCACGAGAAGACUCUUCCGACCUUAUCGACACUGUCAUGCAUGUCAAGGACCUUCGUCGGAAAAUUCCAGAUAAUGGGCGCCCAUACUUCUCUAGCCGAAUGCUGACAGAAGAAGGCCAAAAGCGUUUUGGCCAUCACUGGCCGCUCGAAAUUACCUUCAAUUAUCUGGGACAGUACCAACAACUUGAGCGGCAAGGUGCCCUUCUAAAGCCAGUUGAUGCUAUGGCAGGAGAAACCCGGGGUGCUGAAGCUACAAGUGACGUCGGCAAAGACACUCCACGAUUUGGCCUUGUAGAGAUAUCCGCCGUGAUGGUCCAAGGCAAACUACGAUUCUCGUUUACCUUAAAUCGUUUCAUGGAACACCAAGAAAAAUUACGCUCUUGGAUAUCCAAAUGCAAAGCGUCUCUAGAAACACUCGCAGAGAAGCUUGUCUACACCGAGUCUCGUCUUACCCUGGGCGACUUUCCUCUUCUCACUCUCACAAACAGCUCUCUUCAGACUAUGGUAGAGGAGCGAUUUGCAAGAAUCGGGAUUAACGACGCCGCUGAGAUCCAAGAUGCAUAUCCCUGCUCGUCCAUGCAGGAAGGGCUUUUGAUUAGUCAGGCAAAAUGCUCUGCAUACUACGCUGUUCAUGUGGUCUUGGAGCUGGUAGCUGGAGAAGGCAUUUCCUGUGAUUCCGAAAAGCUGUUGUUGGCUUGGAAUCAAGUCGUUGGUCGACAUCCUUGCCUUCGGACGGUCUUCAUCGAGAGUGUCAGCCAAGACGAUGGUCUCUACGAUCAGGUUGUGCUUAAGAAAGUCGUUCCAAAUGUCACUCGGAUGGAUUGCAGUAGUGAGAAGUACGCACUUCAAAUUUUGGACAAGAAAAACGCGGCCAAUUAUGGAGACGGAAGUCAACCUCCUCACCAGUUUACUGCGUGCAAAACAUCUGAUGGCAAGGUGUUUUGUAAAUUGGAAUUGAGUCACGCUAUCAUGGAUGGAUCCUCGAUGUCGAUUAUUAUUCGAGAUCUUGCCGCUGCCUAUGAAGGUAACUUACGUGGAGUUGGCCCUCUUUAUAGCGACUACAUAUCGUUUCUUCAAAAUCAGUCAACCCAGAGAAGCGUGGAGUACUGGACAGCAUAUCUUGCAGACAUCGAGCCGUGCACUUUUCCGAUUCUCAACGAUGGUCGGCCUGCAGACAGAGAACUUCGAUCCUUGAGACUGCAUUUCAACGAUUUUCAAUUCGGCCAAUUGCAACGCUACUGCAGUGCAAACAACGUGACACUUUCGAAUGCAUUCCAUACCGCUUGGGCUGCAACUUUGAGUAAUUACACUGCAUCUGCCGAUGUCUGCUUUGGUUACCUCAUUUCUGGAAGGGACGCGCCAAUUCGUGGAAUCGAGGACGCUGUGGGCCCAUUCGUCAACUUAUUAGUCUGCCGAGUCAAUAUGGACCCAACACGUACGUUAGCUGAAAUUCUCCAUAAGGUUCAACAAGACUAUCUGGACAGUUUAUGUCACCAGUCGACUUCAUUAGCAGAGGUUCAACACUCAUUGCGCCUUGGUGGAACCCCACUUUUCAAUACGGCCCUAUCUUAUCGACGACUACCAAUCCAACCGAGUCGCGAACCCCCAAAAGUCAGAUUCGAAGAACGACUGCCAACCUAUGAUCCAACCGAGUAUGAUGUUUCCGUCAACAUUGAAGCAUCUGAAAAGAACGCUGCGAUUGAUUUGGAUUACUGGACGGAUUAUAUAUCCGAAGGACAGGCUGCUAACAUUGCUGCGACGUUUUUGCAAGCCCUAGAAAAUAUCAUAUCCGAUUCAAAUGGCAAGGUUAGGCACCUUAACAGCCUGCACCAAUCCCAUUGGGAAAAACUCUCGCAAUGGAACAGCAGUUGCCCGAAAAGCAUCGAUGAAUGUGUCCAUAAUGUUAUUGAGAAACAAGUUGUUGCGCACUUAGAUGCCCCGGCCGUAUGCGCAUGGGAUGCCGAACUCACCUAUUCCCAACUCGACGAACUUAGCUCCAGGUUGGCGCAGCUUCUUAUGCGAAUGGAUGUCGGACCAGAAACAUACGUGCCCACUUGUUUUGAUAAAUCUGGAUGGACAAUUGUUGCUAUGCUAGCUGUUCUUAAAGCUGGUGGCGCUGCGGUUCCGCUCGAUGCUAAGCAUCCCAGAAGUGCACUGGAACUUCGAAUCCGUGACACUGGGGCUCGAGUUGUGUUGACCUCUGAAGAACGAGCUGGUCUGUUCAAAGAUAUGGGUGUCGAAAUUGUUUGCGUGAACGAGAAGUUCAUGAAUGAAAUCACGAGCCACGAUAUUGUCCGCCACACGACGGUAGAGCCAAAGAAUCCGUGCUUCAUCAUCUACACCUCGGGAAGCACCGGAGUACCGAAAGGUGUAGUGUUGGAACAUCGAGCAAUUGUCACGAGCGGGCAAGCCACUGGUAGCGUGUAUAAAUGGGGACCCGGUUCGAGAGUGCUUCAAUUCGCCUCAUACACGUUUGACAACAGUCUCGCAGAAAUUUUCAUCACGCUUAUGCGAGGAGGAUGUGUCUGUGUACCAUCAGAACACGACCGACUUAAUGAUUUAGCUGGAGUGAUAAACCGUUUGAAUGUUAACUUUUUAGAUAUAACGCCGACCGUCGCCAGUUUCCUCCGCCCUUCCGACAUUCCAACUGUCAAAGAUCUGUCUCUUGGCGGCGAGCCACUCACCAAAGACAACAUCGAUGUAUGGGGCAAGGAGCUGUCCCUGCAUUGUUGUUAUGGCCCCUCGGAGUGCUCGAUAAAUUCGACGUGGAACGGAAAUUUGGGAAAUUCUUGCGAAAUUACUAACAUAGGUAAGUCCAUCGGUAGCAACUCGUGGAUACUUAACCCGGAGAAUCAGGAUGUUCUGAUGCCACUUGGCUGCGUGGGCGAACUGGCUAUUGAAGGGCCCAUUCUCGCCCGAGGCUACCUUAAUGAUCCGGAAAAGACAUGCAAAUCAUUUUUCGAGAACCCAGCUUGGGCAAAGAAGGGGACGCAACGCAUGUAUAAAACUGGGGACUUGGCAAGAUAUAAUUCGGAUGGCACCAUCACUUACCUUGGUCGAAAGGAUACCCAGGUCAAAUUGAACGGGCAGAGAAUCGAGCUUGGAGAGAUUGAGCAUCACGUCAAGUCUGUUCUACCACCAGACGCCCAAUCGGUCGUGGAAAUGGUUACCACUCAAACGGCAAUCGGUACUACUAAGGCUUUGGCGGUAUUUUUCUGCUUGCCGGAUAAUCCACUUCUGUCCAAUGUCGCUGCAGAAAAUUCCCUAUCACCUAUCUCAGUGUCGGUCAAGCAACAAGCAGCGAGUGUACAGACAGCACUUUCAAAAGAGGUGGCAGCAUAUAUGGUGCCAAAUAUCUAUGUUCCUGUGGCCACACUGCCAAUGACCUCUUCCGGUAAACUUGAUCGCCGCAAACUUCGAACUAUGUGGCAGUCACUUUCCGAAGAAGAAGCUGCCAUGUACCGACUCGCCCACACUUCUGGGAGGGCUCCAUCGACAGAAAUGGAAAAGAUACUUGCAGAACUAUGGCAAACAACUCUCGGACUUCAAUCGAAGACUGUUGGCCCAGAUGACAACUUUUUCAAAAUUGGCGGCGACUCGAUCGGUGCCAUGAAAUUGAUUACCGCCGCGAGACUGAAGGGUAUAUCAUUGACUGUCGCCGAUGUGUUUCAAAAGCCCACUUUAUCAGAUCUCGCUAUUGACGCACGUCUCAUUUCUGGCACAGACGCUGCUCAACGAUCGGCAAAGGCGUUAAACCCAUUCGACCUGAUCUCGGUUGAUGUCGAUGCAAGUGGACUACUCAAAGAGGUUGCUGCUUACUGUCAAGUUGACACCAGCUCCGUAACUGAUAUAUAUCCCUGCACGGCAAUUCAGGAGGGCCUCAUUGCACUGUCCACCAAAGAUCCUGGGGCUUAUGUUGCGCAAAGCGUGUAUGAGUUACCAGCAGGCAUCGACCUGGACAGAUUACGAAGGGCAUGGACGGAGAUCGUCGAAUCCGAAGUUAUAUUGCGAACGAGGAUCGUUCACACAGAAUCUUCUGGAUUCCUUCAAGUUGUCGUUGAUGAACCUGUCAGUUUUAACGAAGAAGAUGAUCUCGAAAAUAUCGUCAACCUGAAUCGCCAUCUUCCAUCACAUAACGGUGGCGUCCUUUCCACAUACACAGUGGUUCGAGGCGGAGAUACUUCAUAUUUUGUCUGGACUGCCCAUCAUGCUCUCUAUGAUGGUUGGUGUAUUCCGAUUUUGCUUGAUAGAGUUGAAGCCGCAUAUCACGAGGUCGCACGAAGCAAUAGCUCGGCUAGUCAAGCUCAUUAUCCAAACUUCAUCAAAUAUCUCGUUGAUAUUGACCCAACUAAAUCGAACGAAUUCUGGACAUCGAAGUUAUCCGGGACAUCUGCCACUUCGUUUCCACCUUUACCGAGUCCGGCAUACCAAGUUCAUGCUACAAGCAGGGAAGUCCGUUCAACAGCAAUCUCAAAACGUCCCGGAAGCCAUAUUACCUUAGGAUCGACAAUCAGAGCCGCAUGGGCGCUCACUGUCUCAGUCUAUUCUGGCAAUUCGACUGAUGUGGUAUUCGGUGAAACCCUCACUGGAAGGGAUGCGCCAGUAGACGGGAUUACAGAUAUGAUAGGCCCAACACUUGCGACUGUUCCGACACGAGUUCAAAUGAACUCUCACUUGACUCUGAUGAAUUUUCUGAACGAUGUGCAAACACAGUCUUCCGAAGCUAUACCAUUUCAGUAUGCCGGCCUUCAGCAUAUUAAACAUCUUAGCGAUGAUACCAGGAUGGCGUGUGCAUUUCAAAAUCUACUCGCAAUCCAUCAUGACGACGAAACAGAGUCACAGGGCAAGUUUUGGAGGUUGCGGAGUAGUGGCACAAGUGGAACCAAUUUUUACUCCUACCCUCUCACUGUCUCAUGCCAACUAGGCGACGGAAAGGUAGAUAUCGAAGCUCACUUCGACAAUGAAGUGAUAUCUAGCUGGAUGGUUCAGCGUUUUCUUGCUCAAUUUGAACAUUUUAUCCAAUGUCUUAGCUCCUCAGAGAAGAUGGAUGAGACAUUAAGUAGUCUGAAGAUGCUCAAUCCAGAGGAUGAAGCACUACUCGGUCGCUGGAACCAUGAAGAAGUAAGCACUCUCGAUCGAUGCGUCCACCACAUGAUUGAGGAACAAACGAAGAAUUUACCACAAGCAACAAUGGCAGUUGAGUCCUGGGAUACCUCUUUCACCUACACCGAGUUGGACAAUGUUUCGACCACACUCGCACAACAUCUUAUGAGGAAGGGCGUAGCUGGGAAGUACAUACCCCUGUGCUUCGAAAAAUCGAGUUGGAUGAUUGUCGCCAUGCUUGCAGUUCUCAAAUCUGGUUCUGCUUUUGUACCUGUGGAUCCACUAGCACCAUCUGCUCGGUUAACUAGUGUUAUGUCUGACCUGGAUGCUACAAUCAUUCUUUGCUCGCCUCGAUACCAAGAGUUGUGCUCAAGCUUGGUAACUGAGGUGAUUCCGAUAGACCAGAAUAUGGUCAGCUCUUUACCGGAAACAAGAGAAAGUACAAAUGAGGCAGACAGUAACACUCCUGCCUAUGUCAUCUUUACUUCCGGCACGACUGGGAGACCAAAAGGAACAAUCGUCCAGCAUAGCGCUUUCUGUACUGGAGCUAUUGCCCAUGGACACGCCAUGCACAUGAAACCGACGUCGAGGGUCUUGCAAUUCGCAAGCUAUACUUUUGACGCUAGUGUGAUGGAGAUAUUUACUACAUUAAUUAUGGGCGGUUGUGUUUGCGUUCCGAGCGACGACAUACGACUAAACAACAUCACCAAAUUUAUUAACGACAUGCGAGUGAGCUGGACAUUGUUGACACCCUCAUUUGUCCAGCUUUUCCAGCCUUCAGCAGUCCCCACACUCUCCACGUUGGUCCUGGGCGGCGAAGCGAUGUCACAGGGUCAUGUAACUACAUGGGCUGACAAACUCGAACUCAUCAAUGCGUAUGGGCCUAGUGAAUGUGCUGUAGUGGCUACCGUCAACAACGCCAUUGGAAUUUCUUCAGAUCCUAACAAUAUGGGGCGUGCUGUUGGCGGCCGAUCUUGGCUUACAGACCCAUCCAAUCCGAAUCGAUUAGUGCCUGUUGGAUCUGUUGGAGAGUUAACAAUCGAAGGGCCAAUACUCGCGCAAGGAUACCUCAAGAAUAGCGCGAAGACUGCUGAAGUCUUUAUCGAGAACCCCACUUGGGCAUCUGACCAAUGGAAAAGCCAGAAAAGUUCGAGGAGAAUGUAUAGAACUGGAGAUCUUGUCAAAUACGCCCCUGACGGCACGAUUAUCUUUUGUGGUCGUAGAGACAACCAGGCAAAACUACAUGGCCAAAGACUCGAGCUUGAUGAAGUAGAGCAUCACCUCAAAAUGGACUCUUCAGUUCAGCACGCUCUGGCAAUAAUUCCGAAAUCCGGCUUUUGCAAGAACAGAUUAGUUGCCGUUUUGUCUCUGCAGGAAUUGGCAGCUUUAAACCCAUCGAAAACUGGCAUCGAAAUCGUUGUCCCAGAAGCAAGCUCGUUUUACUUGUCUGCGAUACGCGAUCGUUUGUGCAGCCUGCUUCCAAAUUACAUGAUACCUUCAAACUGGAUUGUCAUUGGCAAUAUACCGCUUAUGACAUCCGGUAAAUUGGAUCGAAAACAAAUCGAGAACUGGUUAGAGAACUUGACCCCAGAAGUCUAUGAGCAAAUCUCAGAAGCUGAGGGGCAAUACUCCGAUGGCGAGAGCACAGUCGUCGAGCAGAAACUGCGCAACAUCUGGGGAACUGCACUUAGCUUAUCACCAUCUAAGAUUGGACUAAACCAAUCCUUCAUUCGACUGGGCGGCGACUCUAUUUCUGCUAUGCAAGUCAUGUCAAGCUGUCGGGCAGAAGGCCUGGGUGUCACUAUGCAAGAUAUCUUGCAGAGUAAGUCAAUCACAGAGCUCGGCUCGCGGGUCACUUUACCGCAGGUGGUGUCCCACGAAGCAGAGCCACUCGAUGAAUUCUUCGAGCUGUCACCUAUACAGAAGUUGUUUUUCGAAUGUGUUGGCGAUAAUUAUUCUCACUUCAACCAGAGUGUUGUAGUGAAUCUAGCUCGCAAAAUCUCAUUUGAAAUGUUGAGUUCAGCGAUCGAGAAGGUUACUCAAGCUCAUUCUAUGUUACGAGCACGGUUUGCGAAGAAUGAUCUUGGAAUAUGGCAGCAGCGGAUAUCUCCCGAAAUUUCCGGUUCGUGUCAUAUCCAGCAUCAGACGGUUGACCGUGAAAGUGUGGAUGCUUUGAUUCGCAAGAGCCAGGAAAGUCUAGAUAUUUGUAACGGCCCACUUUUUGCUGUCAGUCUGGUUGAGAUCGAAGACGAAGGACGUCAACUUUUGUCAAUCGUGGCACAUCAUCUUAUCGUCGACGUGGUAUCCUGGACAGUGAUUCUGAAAGAUCUCGAAACCACUGUCACUCGUCCAGAGAUCCAGCUAGCAAGCUCUCUCCCAUUUCAGACUUGGUCCAGGCUUCAGCGAAGUCAUGCGCAAUCCUUAACGAAAAACACGUUCCACCCAGAAGAUGUCCCUAUCGGGGAUUCAAGCUACUGGUCAAUGCAAGACAAGGAGAACGUGUAUGGCGACACGGUGGAGAAUGGGUUUGCUAUCGAUGCAGAAACUUCUUUACUUUUGCUUGGUGCUUGCAAUGAGUCGAUGGGAACUGAACCGGUGGACAUCUUUCUUGCUUCCGUUUUGCAAGCGUUCUGUAAAGUCUUCCCGGAUAGGUCUCCUCUUCCAAUCUACAACGAAGGCCACGGUCGUGAACCUUGGGAUUCGACCAUUGAUCUAUCAAGGACAAUCGGUUGGUUUACAACACUCACUCCGAUAGCUUUGCCCUCUUCAUACAAUGGCCCAACCAACUUGCUCAACACAAUAAGAUGGGUCAAAGAUCUUAGAAGUCGUGUACCGGACAAAGGUAGACCUUAUUUUGCCCAUAGACUGCUCACGGACGAGGGCCAAGAACGGUUUUGUGGACACUGGCCGAUCGAAGCAACGUUCAACUACCUUGGAAAGCUGAAUCAACCACACGCGACAGACGCUCUAUUUCAGUCAAACGAAGAUGUCUCAAGCGCUUCAUUUGAUAUAGGGUCAACAGUUCCCAGGUUUGCGCUGUUCGAAAUUUCCGCUGCUGUCACUCAAGGAAAAGUUAACUUCUCCUUUUCGUAUAACAAGAACAUGGGUCGCCAAGCCAAGAUUCGACGUUGGGUUCUCGAAUGCAAACGCGCACUUGAAGAUGCUGCGAGAAUGUUGCUACAACGGAAAACCGAGCGAACUCUUCGAGAGUUUCCACUCUUGGAACUAUCUUAUAACGGAAUCGAGUCACUAGUCGAAAAAUUGCCUCAGCUCGGCCUUCAAUCCCUUGAAGACAUUGAAGACGUUUAUCCGUGCUCUCCGACGCAGCAAGGCAUGCUCCUCGCUCAACUAAAAGACCCCAGUCUUUAUGCUUACUCAAUGGUUUUUGAGGCUACCACGAAAGAGGGAGAUGUCAGCCCACGGCAUAUUGGAGAAGCUUGGCAAGCGGUUGUCAAGCGACAUUCCACUCUGAGGACGAUUUUUAUCAACGGACUCAGCGCGAAAUCUCAUAAUGACCAAGUCGUAAUCAAAGACAGUAUUGCUAGAGUUGCAUGGAUCGAGGGCGAAGAUGCGAGCGCCCUAGAGAAGCAGACACCUCUUAACUUCAAGGACUAUCAACCCCCUCAUCGCUUCACCAUAUGCAAAACAGCACACAAUCAAGUUUUCUGUAAACUGGAAAUCAGUCAUGCUAUCUGUGAUGGCACGUCUGUACCGAUCUUGCUCAAAGAUCUAGCAGUAGCAUACGAUUUGGGUAUCUCAAAGAGCAAGGCUGUUUCUCUAGAACAUGAACUGGCAUUAGUCAAGCUCGACGCACCUGGUAUUGGACCAUUGUAUAGCGAAUAUAUUCACCAUAUCCGGACUGCAGUCAUGGACGAAGAUAUCAACUACUGGAAAGCCUACCUAGACGGCGUCGAGCCCUGCCACAUCAACUGCCCCGCAGACGGAGGAACACAAGCGAAAGAGCUUAGGUCUCUUGUCUUGGAAAUUACGCAAGCUUCCCAGCUCCGAAAAUUUUGCAGCACGAAUGGUGUCACGCUGUCAAAUGUUCUUCAAUUGACCUGGGCUAUGAUUCUUCGAGCAUACACAGGAUCUGAUGAUGUUUGUUUUGGCUACCUGACGUCUGGUAGAGAUGCGCCAAUUCAAGGAAUACAGGAUUCGGCAGUAGGCGCAUUUAUAAAUAUGCUGACUUGCCGAAUCAACCUUGACAACUCGAUCCCUCUUGAAAAUGCCCUUCGAAAGGUCCAAACCGACUUUGCCAAUGGGAUGAGCCACCAGAGCUGCUCUCUCGGCGAUAUCCAGCAUGAACUGCAGCUUUCAAGUUCAGCGCUUUUUAAUACCGCUUUCACAUUCCAGAAUCGAGGUGGUGUGGUGCCACCAACAGACAAGUCUAUCUCUUUUGACGUCGUAAAGGCCUACGAUCCAAGCGAAUACGAGGUCACAGUCAACGUCGAGGCAUCGGAAGCUGGAGUGGAGAUACAUUUUGGCUACUGGACUACUAGCCUUUCUGCUGACCAGGCCAGGAAUGUUGCUGACACGUUCGAGCAUGUUUUGAGUACAAUUGUUUCUGGGACCAAGCUUAGCGAAACUAUUGCAGACUUCGAUUUCCUUAGUCCGCGGGGCCAGAAGCAGAUCAUGGCUUGGAAUAGCACACUCCCAAAGACAGUGGAUAAUUGUAUACACCAGAUGAUUAGCAAUCAUUCGACGAACCUUGGGUCCGCAGCGGCCAUUUGUGCCUGGGAUGCAAAUUUCACCUACAAAGAACUGGAUAUACUCUCAGAGCGACUCUCACUGCGUCUAGUAGAGCUAGGAGUCGGUCCAGAGAUCUAUGUGGCACUAUGCUUCGAGAAGUCUGCAUGGAACAUCGUUUCGAUGCUUGCCGUGCUAAAGGCUGGAGGAGCGUUUGUGCCGCUUGAUCAUUCUCACCCACCAGGCAGAUUACAACAAUUCAUUGAUGAUGUUAGCGCUGAGGUUGUGCUUUGUUCUGCACUUCAAUUAGACAAAGUCGCCAACAUCGCAAAGACCGUUCUCGUUAUUGAUGCUUCGUCUGUCAAUAAAUUGGCUGCCAAAACGGAAUCGGCGAUAAUGCCCCAAGUUUCUCCCGAUAAUGCCGCAUAUAUCAUAUUCACAUCUGGAACAACCGGAAGACCCAAAGCCACCAUCAUCGAGCAUGCAGCAUUUACCACAAGCGCAAUCGAACAUAGCAAGGCAAUGUGUAUGCGCUCAAACUCCAGGGUGUUUCAAUUUGCCAGUCAUACUUUCGACGCAAGUGUCAUGGAAAUUUUGACUACCCUCGUUGUUGGUGGAUGCGUUUGUAUACCUAGCGAAGAAGACCGCAUGAAUGACAUCCCCGGCGCCAUCCGAAAAAUGGGCGUAACAUGGACUCUUCUGACUCCCUCGGUAGCAAGCACUCUGUCGCCAAAAAGCGUACCGAGCUUAAAAGUCUUAGUGACUGGAGGUGAAGCUAUGUCAUCUGGGCACAUUGCAAAGUGGAAGGGCAGAUGUUGCUUGAUCAAUGCUUAUGGCCCCAGUGAGACUUCUGUCAUAGGAAGUACGAGUACGAAAGUUGAUGAGUCUGGCAAAGAGAUAAACUCCGACCCUUCUAAUAUUGGACGAGCUGUUGGUGGCCGAGCGUGGAUUGUCGAUCCUCGGAACUACCAAAACCUGAUGCCACCAGGUAGUAUCGGGGAGCUCGCUAUUGAAGGACGCAUUGUUGCUCGUGGCUACCUGAACAAUGAAAAGAAAACCUCAGAGAGUUUCAUUUUUAAUCCGCCCUGGUUGACCGGAUUGUUUCCUCGGGAGAGAGUUUACCGGACUGGAGAUCUUGUUCGAUACAACCCUGAUGGAAGUUUAUCCUUCGUCUCGCGAAAAGACACACAAAUCAAGCUGAAUGGUCAGCGCAUUGAGUUGGGCGAGAUUGAACAUCACGUCAAGAAUCUUCUCCCAGAGGAGUGCCAAUCCGUGGUUGAAUUGGUCGCUCCGAUGAGCCGUACAGCCACGAAGGCUCUCGCGGUUUUCUUCUACCUCCCAGACCGCAACCAUAACAAUAUCCACGAGGACAGUCGAAUAUCGGGAGUAGAUGAGAUUCUCCUAAAGAUGUCAAAAUCUCUGAUGGGUGUGGCGAAAGGUCUGGACAGAUCACUGGGAAGGGUGUUGCCAACCUACAUGAUUCCAUCUUUUUACAUUCCGGUAUCAAAAAUGCCAUGGAUGAGUUCUGGGAAGAUGGAUCGGGCAAAGUUGCGUAAUAUUGUCCAAAACAUGCCCAGGGAAGCCACAGGCCCGUAUCGACUCCAAGAAAGCGAGAACAAUGCGGUAUCUUCCCCCAGAACGCCAAUGGAGAUGAAUUUGCAAUCACUGUGGGCGGCGGUACUCAACACUGGAACCCCAACCUCGGUUGGAAUCGAAGAUAACUUUUUUCGACUCGGAGGCGAUUCCAUUACAGCAAUGCGACUGGUUGAAGCGGCACGCUGCGAAGGCAUUGCCAUAGCAGUUAUCGACAUUUUCCGCAAUCCACGAUUAUGUGAUAUGGCAACCAUUUGUGGCAAAUUGAAAGAAGAAACAUCUUCAAUACUGGUUCCGUUCAGUCUAUUGAAAGACGAACAGUCCGUUGAACACGUCAUAAGUGAACUGUCUGAGCAAUGUCGUGUUAGACCAGAAACCAUAUCAGAUGCAUACCCCUGCAGUCUUUUGCAAGAGGGACUCAUCACACUCUCUCUGAAGCAACCUGGCGCGUAUGUCAUGAAAAAUGUCUUCAAACUCCCUGAGCACCUGAAUUUAAAGCAAUUCAAGAAGGCCUGGCAGCUAGCAGUUCAAGAUAUUGACAUCUUGAGAACUCGAAUAGUCCACAUGGAGUCAACGGAUUUCCUUCAGGUAGUUCUGCAGGAAAGACCUAUUGAGUGGCUUUCCGCAUUGGCCUUGGAAACCCUUGACACUACCCGGCCAAAACUACCCGAGUAUAACGGAGGCUCUUUGACGAGAUAUACAAUCGUUUCCUCGAAGACAUCGGCCGAUCGAUUCUUCGUUUGGGAGAUACACCACGCCCUCUACGACGGAUGGAGUCUGCCCAUGGUGCUGAAAAGGGUAGAAGCGACAUACACGGAUAAUACAGCCUCAUUUAGUAAAAGCUCAUAUGCGAGCUUCAUCCAGUACACGUCGAGUGUUGAUGAGAAAAUAUCUGAUGACUUCUGGCGAGAGAGAUUAUUGAACGCUGCCCCACUUCAAUUUCCCCAACCACAGCGAACUACCAUCGACAGUAAACUGGGCCACGAAACACUUACGCACAAAGCGCCCAUAUCAAGAAAUACCACAAGCAUGGGUAUUACCGUGCCUACUAUAAUUCGAGCGGCCUGGUCCAUGAUCGUUGCUGCUUAUUCUGGUUCAAAUGAUGUUGUUUUUGGAGAAACACUGGCUGGUAGGGACAUUCCGGUUCAAAACAUCACCGAAAUCAUCGGCCCGACGUUUACAACUGUCCCCACACGAAUUCAAGUUGAUCGUGGUGUUUCCGUCAACAACUUUCUAAAUAGUAUCCAAAAGAAUGCCACCGAUGUCAUCCCAUUCCAACACGCAGGUUUGCAGCGCAUCAAACGCCUUGAUCCGGACACUGAAGUUGCAUGUGACUUUCAGAAUCUUCUUGUGGUACAGACCGCCGAAGAAGCAAUUGAGAGCAGUUUGUGGGAUCUUCAAGGCAGUGGAGUGGCAUCUAACUUUUUCACAUAUCCACUUGUCCUUGAGUGUGGUGGAAAUUCGGACUCUGUUGAAAUCACAGCUCAUUAUGACCAGAACUGCCUUUCAGCUUGGCAGGUACAGCAAAUAUUGUUUCAGAUGGACGCGGUUCUCGGGCAACUCAGUGACCUCCCUCGACUUGGAUUGGAUGCAAAGUUGAAUGCCGUGGAAGUCUUCUCUUCGGAGGACAAAGAAGCAGUGAAGAAAUGGAACUCUGUACCCGCUCAGACAGUCGACGACUGCAUCCACGACACCUUCUUAAAGAAGGUCAAAGCUCAACCAACAGCACCAGCUGUAUGUGCGUGGGACGGCGAGUGUACCUACGAAGAACUUCGGCAUCGUGCGUCUUUGAUGGCCGGAUAUCUAGCAAGCCGUGGGGUUGAUCGGCGGAGUUUUGUGGCAAUCUGCAUGGACAAAUCAUUGAAUGUGAUUAUUGCAAUGUUGGGAGUCAUGAUGGCGGGAGGUGCCUUUGUCCCAUUGGAUCCUUCAUCACCAUCUGCUCGACAUCAAGAGAUGAUUAAAGACGUGAAUGCAAGGAUUGUAAUAUGUACUCCGGUGUACAGUAGUCGAUUUGAAGCGAUGGUUGAAGUCGUCAUUCCACUGGACGAGACUGUGGUUGAGAACUUGCCUAGCUCAGAUCGUUCCUCCGAGGCCCCAUCAAAAGCGACACCUAUGGACGCUGCUUAUGUGAUCUUCACUUCUGGCAGUACAGGUCGUCCAAAAGGGACUCUUGUUGAGCAUCGCGCUAUUUCAAGCAGUUCGUUAGCGAUGCAGAAAGCUCUACUCAUGAAAGAAGAUGCACGAGUGUUGCAAUUUGCAUCAUUCACCUUUGAUGUCAGUGUCUUGGAAACCUUAACCACACUGGUAUGUGGAGGCUGCAUAUGUGUUCCUUCGGAGGACAUGCGAACCAGAAACGUUGGUGAAGCAAUCAAUACUCUAAAGGCUACGUGGGCGUUUCUUACACCGUCAGUAGCAAACUUAGUAGACCCCGCAACAGUCCCAUCUCUAGAGGUCCUUGUGUGUGGCGGUGAGCCAAUGUCAAUUGAAAAUAUUCAAAAAUGGGCCAGCAGAGUCACUCUCGUCAACGGCUAUGGCCCAACCGAAGCUUCAGUAAUCGCAAUUGCAAACUCAACUGUGAGCCACCAGAAGGAUCCUUCCAACAUCGGAUACGCACUUUCUAGCGGGCAUGCUUGGAUUGCUGAUCCCCAUGACUCGAACCAGCUUACUCCUGUUGGCUGUGUUGGUGAGCUACUUCUGGAUGGCCCUCUACUUGCGAAAUGUUACAUAAACAACAAAGAAAAAACGGACGAAGCCUUCAUCUCUCGGCCAUCGUGGGCCAGAUAUUUCGACCAGACACGGCAGGGAGCAGCAAUCCACCAGCACAGAUCUGAACCCGGCCGAAUGUACAGAACAGGCGAUCUGGUUCGAUAUGCACAAGACGGCUCGUUGAUAUUCAUAGGAAGAAAAGAUGACCAAGUUAAACUCCACGGUCAGAGAAUUGAGCUUGGGGAGAUCGAGCAUGCUUUGGACAAAGAUUCUCAAAUUCAACACGCACUCGUCGCCUUACCUAAGACUGGCCAUUUCAGGAAACGCCUGGUCGCAGUCGUAUCUCUCACGGAGCUCGCAUCAUCGGCAAUUUCACAAGGCUCAUGCGAACUAGUUGAAGAUGGACAAGGAGCGAAAGAGGCUCGUAAAAUAAUCCAAUCCGUGAGAAAUCGCUUAUCAGAUAUUCUGCCAGCCUACAUGGUACCUACGUUCUGGCCAGUCGUCAAGUCAAUUCCGCUACUUCCAUCUGGAAAACUGAACAGACGAAGCGUUGAUCGUUGGCUCACUGAAAUCGACACCGAAACGUAUGAGCGAAUGAUGGAAGGAGACGACGAAGAAAAUGAGUCACUGCCAACCACGGAAACAUGCAAGAUCCUUCAGGCUAUAUUCUCAAAGGUUCUAAAUCUUCCAUUGAAGAGAGUCAAAAACAACAAGUCCUUCUUGAGCUUGGGUGGAGACUCGAUCACAGCUAUGCAAGUCAUGGCCAUGUGUCGGAAGGAGAAAAUGAGCUUCACAUUAUCUGAAGUGUUGCGAUCAAAAUCCAUACAUCAGCUAGCCUCCACUGUCCGGUUCGAAGGCGAGUUUCAGUAUCCAGACGAAACCUACAACACUCUCUUCGACCUAUCGCCGAUUCAAAAACUCUACUUCCAAUCUCAAGAUCACGGUGUGUUUGAGAACGACGGGAGAUUUAAUCAGAGCUUUUCUCUAGAGAUUACCCGUCCCGUAGCACCAGCUGAGGUUCAGUCAGCCAUUCAACAAAUUGUUGGCAAGCAUUCUAUGCUAAGGGCUCGAUUUAGUCAAGAUGUUUCUAAACAAUGGAAGCAGCAAAUAUCUGAAGAUGUUACAUACUCGUAUCGCUACCACGUACACGAAUCUACAAGUUUGAGCCAAAUUCCAGUCAUGGUAGCUGAAACACAAUCUUGCAUGGACAUACGAAAGGGUCCAUUGUUCGCUGUUGAUCUCUUCAACCUCGGUGACGGGAAGCAAAUGAUCUUUCUCGCGGCUCAUCAUCUCGUCAUUGAUAUGGUUUCCUGGCGCAUCAUUCUCAAGGAUGUGGAAGACCUGCUGAACCAAGAAGCAAAUCUAUCCGACAAGGCAAUUUCCUUCCAAGCAUGGAACAAGAUGCAAAUCGAAAACGCAAACCCUCCUGCCGCAUCUCAAGGAAAAGGAUACGCACUAGAUUUCAAACUUCCGGUCAUUGACUGCAGCUAUUGGGGUGUGGACCAUGCCACCAAUUAUUACGGCGACGUUAUAUCUGAGACUUUUACCACAAACGAGGCGAUUUCGAAGUUGGCCCUAGAUCAGAGUAACAAGUUAUUUCAGACACAACCUAUUGAACUUUUCUUAUCCGCUAUCUCUCAUUCUUUCAGUAGAGUGUUCUACGACCGCUCAGCACCAAUUAUUUGCAACGAAGGCCAUGGCCGAGAACCCUGGGAUGCGCGGAUCGACGUCUCGAGGACGGUAGGAUGGUUCACUACAGUUACCCCUGUCUAUGUUGAUGUGGACAUGGAAGAAGACGACCCAGUUGAAACUGUACGUCGAAUGAAAGAUAUCUGCCGCAGUAUUCCAGACAAUGGACGUCCAUAUUUCGCACACCAGAUGCUGUCCAAAGCGCAAAACUCGCGCAAACAAAAUCCAUUACGAUCGAUGGAGAUAAUUUUCAAUUACCUAGGAAGAAUGCAACAGUUGGAGCACGAUGACUCACUUUUACGCCCAUGGAGUUAUCCAGACGAUGAGGAAACAUCAAAAUCCAUAGCUGACGUUGGUUCUAAAACCACCAGACUUGCCUUGUUUGAAAUAUCAGCCGUGGUUGUUGACGACAAGAUUCAGUUCUCUUUCCUCUUCAAUCGUCACAUGCACCGCCAGCAAGAGAUCAGACGAUGGAUUAUGGAAUGUAAGGAGACUUUUGAAGAAAUCGUCCAGAAGCUUGCAAGUCGAAAGGAUGAAACUUCGUUCACGUUAAGCACUUUCCCGUUGCUUCCUCUUUCGUAUGAAGGACUGCAUAAGAUAGUCACGAAAUCCUUGCCCCAAGUUGGCAUAACUCCAAAUGACGUUGAGGAUAUUUAUCCUUGUGCACCAUUGCAAGAAGGUCUAUUGAUCAGUCAAAUCAAGAACCCAAGCUUGUAUCACUUUCACGCUGUGUUCGAGGUCCAUCCGACCAGUAUGGGUGAAUCAAUCGAUGCAUUAAGAUUAGCGCAAUCCUGGCAGCAGGUAGUGGACAGACAUCCCGCUCUUCGUACUGUUUUUGCCGAUAGUGUUUACAAGGGAGACAUAUUUAACCAGAUAGUUGUUAAGAAGGUAGACAGUGGAAUAUUGUCUCUGGAUUGUGAAGAAGAAGUCGCUCUGGAAGAAUUGGGCAAAAUGUCAAUCCUGGACGCCAACUACACCAAACAACCCAGACUACCACACCAAGCCACUAUUUGUAGGACUUCGGGCGGCAAAGUGUAUAUCAAGGUCGAAGUGAACCACGCCGUGAUUGAUGGUUCUUCGGCAAAUAUUAUGCUGAAGGAUCUUGCGGCGGCCUACAACAACAGUCUACCUACCGGGUCCGGGCCACUGUACAGCGAUUAUGUCGCAUACAUCAAAACCCAACCAGUCAAUGCUGGUAUGAGUUUCUGGAAAGGCUAUCUUGGAGGUGCAAAUCCUUGUCACAUGCCAAAGCUUAUUAGCGACGCACCAACGACCAGAAAGCUUGCCACCGUCACUAUAAAGUUCGACCAGUACGCAGCAUUGCAAGCCCUAUGCAAAGAAAUGAAAGUAACCUUGGCAAACGUUAUGCAAACGGCAUGGGCUUUCUGUCUUCGCCGAUAUACCAGAUCAAGGGACGUUUGCUUUGGAUAUUUGACAUCUGGACGAGAUGUGCCCGUCAGCGGUGUUCAGAGUACAAUUGGAGCUUUCAUCAAUAUGCUCAUUUGCAGGAUCGUCUUCACCAAGGACUCCACAAUCAAAGAAAUAUUCCAAAAAGUCCAAACAGAUUAUCUUCAAAGUUUGGAAUAUCAAUAUUGUUCACUUGCUCAGGUUCAACAUGAACUUGGCGGUGGUGGGCCACUUUUCAAUACCGCAGUUUCGAUACAAGGCGACGGACCGUCAGAUGGAAAAGAGAAAGAGAUGAUAUCGUUUGAACCUGUUGCCGCCCACGAUCCCAGUGAAUAUGUUGCAACUUUGAACAUCAGAACCGUUAAAGGAGAUGAGGGAGCAGUCAUCCGCUUCUGGACUGACGUUUUGUCCGAAGCAGAAGCUCAAAAGUUGUCAGAAGUACUCGCUCAGACCAUGACAAGCUUCGUCAAUAACCCACAUCAACUUGGAGAUGAAGUAGACUUGAAAAACUCGAACGAAGCAACUCGAGAUGCGGAACUGCCUGAGCAACCCGCUGCCGGUGAUGAAAAGGUGACCGACACUAUGAUACCUCAACCACAGCUCGUAGCGUCUGAUAGUCAGCUUCGAGACAUCAUUGGAGCAUGCGUUCGAGAAACUAUUGAGCAACUGCUCAAAUCCGGUGCCAUUACUACCAGAGACCCGCAUCAGCUGCACCAACUCACCGGUCUCAACGGCCAGGAAAUCGCACAACCCAUGAUGGAUUACUCACAGAUGUCACCUCAAAGACCAUCUAGACCUAAAGCCUUCAGGACGACAUCAGUAAGUACGCUCGCCUCAGUGGCCGCAUCAGUCGCAUCGCAAGCCAGAAGUCAACUGCGUCGCAUAGAACAAAAGUUGCUUUCUGUAUGGAGUCGACUCUUACAGAUCUCGGAAGACUCAAUUAAAAAAGAUGACAGCUUCUUUCAACUUGGUGGUGACUCUAUUAUUGCUAUGCAAAUGGUGGGAAUGGCUCGAGAUGAGGAACUCGACCUCACAGUUGCCAACAUCUUUCGACAUCCCACAUUUUCUGAUAUGGCACACGCCAUCCGAUCCGCCGAGUCACUGGAGGAGGCACCCAUUUCUAACAUCGACACAAAAGAGGAGAUUGAGGCUCACGAGUCCAGGAUCCGUGCCAAACAAAAUGCUUUGUACCAACGUUAUUCCCUCGUCCAGGCGGCAAAUGUGGAUACUUUCUUACAAGAAAACAUUUGCUCCAAAGUCAGAGCGUUCCGAGGUGGCAUAACGGAUGUUUUCCCAGUCACCGAUUUUCAAGCACUGGCCGUCACUGGAACUCUGAUGGAAUCCAAAUGGAUGUUGAACUACUUUUAUCUUGAAGGAACAGGUUUGUUGGAUUUACGACGUCUCAAGAGUGCUAUAUCACAAGUCGUAAGCGCUUUUGAAAUACUUCGGACGGUGUUUGUUCCAUAUGGUAACCGCUUUUUCCAAGUGGUGCUGCGCAAGCUCGAGCCUGGCUUCGAAGUUCACGACGCCGACGAUUUGGUUCAAUUUACGCUGGAACUGCAACAACGGGAUCGAGAGAAUGGUCCUCGCCCAGGGGAGCCAUACUUGAAUUUUACUGUCGUCAAGCAUAAAAGUAGCGGACUACAUCGCAUAAUCAUGCGCAUAUCUCACGCACAGUACGACGGUGUUUGUCUUCCUGGAAUAUUGACCGCACUUCAGCAGGGUUAUGCAGGACAAAGCAUUCCGGCAACGCCAUCAUUCUCGACAUAUAUUCGUGAUGCUGUGCGGGAGACUGCUGACCAUCAUUAUGUCUACUGGAAGGAAUUUUUGAAAGGUUCAUCCAUGACAGAGGUUGUUCGUCGAAGCAAUCCCAAUUAUAGUAGGGGGAUCGACGCGCCCACGACCUUGAAGAGGGUUGUUCACAUAAAUUCUCUCGCAUCCGAGAAUGUCACACCGGCUACCAUCAUUAAAGCUGCUUGGUCCUUGGUAUUGGCUCAAUGGUUUGCACAGACUGAUAUUGUUUUCGGAAACGUUAUCAGUGGCCGCAACGCAGAUGUCAUCGGGGUCGAGAAUAUUAUCGGCCCAUGCGUCAAUCUUAUUCCAAUCCGAAUACAAUUUCAGGAUAGAUGGUCAGUUUUAGACUUGCUGAAAAGUAUUCAGACUCAACAAGUCGCCGCGAUGCCUUACGAAUCGUUGGGAUUCCGCGAAAUCAUCAAACAUUGCACCGACUGGCCUGACUGGGCAAACUUUUCCACCGUUUGCCAACAUCAAAAUAUUCAGCGAGAAACCUCGUUCCAGCUCGGGCGUAACGAUUACACUCUUGGGGCUGUCGGUUCUCAAGAAGACUUUGCAGACCUGACAGUCCUCUCAACCCCUCAGGAAGAUGACCACAUUGAGAUCAGCUUGACAUUUACUUCGAACAGCGGUAUCACCUCAUCUUUCGCUUCCGAGAUGUUUGAAGCUCUAUGCGAGACUGCGAUAGAUUUCUCGCACAAUCCAAGGUCCAUCCUUCCAUCCCCUACACAGCUAUCGCUUGUUCAACGAAAGACCCUCGACAUAGCAGAAACGCUUUUAGAUCUGCAAUUAUCACGCGAUUUCCAAGCAAUCAGCAAAGACGAGCAACUACAAUAUUCUGAUAUUCUGACGGCGGCGUGGAGGGAGAUUCUGUCGGAUAAAAAUGAUGAUAUUGCAACAAUUGAUCUUGAUUCCUCCUUUUACGAUCUUGGAGGCGACAUUAUCGGACUUGCACAAGUCUCGUCAUUGCUGGAAGAUCAGGAUUUGAAACUAAGAGUUGAAGACCUUGUGGAUCAUCCGGUGAUGAUAGAUCAACUGGCGCUGUUAGCUGCACGCAAAAAAGCGAUCAAGGAGGUAGAAAUCGAGGAGUUAGAGGUUGAGGAGGUGGUCGAGCCAAGUAAUCCGCCCUCUAAGAAGGGUAUCAAAAAGCUGCUGAGAAAGUCGGUUCGAUUUGCAAAAGGGAAAUCUCUAAGAAGGGAAAAGGAUUGA